AUGACGAUGAAUGAUGAUGAUGAUGAUUAACCAUGAAUCAUUGCGCGUAGGUCGCAGUGCAUUGUGGGUUAAGAUGCUUCGGCGGGAGAUUCAAGUCACAUUUGGCGCCUUACUCUCGUUACAAAAGAUUUUCUCCUCCAAAACUCCUUCAUUUAUUCCUUCUAAACUCACCAAAAUGGCCCUAGUAACCAUCCCCGAACUCCAUAAUUACCAAAGACAUCACAGUCUAAGCGAAUGUCCAGGACAAAUUCAGGUUAUAUUUGGACCAAUGUUCUCUGGCAAGACUACAGAACUAUUGAGAAGAAUUAAGCGAUAUCAAAUAGCCAAUCAUAGGUGCUUAGUGGUGAAAUAUGAAAAGGACCUCAGAUAUAAUAUGAAUGACGUUGCAACACAUGACAAGCAAACCCUUGCUGCAACUGCAUGUUCUGUUUUGUAUAGUAUUAAGAAACAAGCUUUACAGGCAACUGUUAUAGGAAUAGAUGAAGGACAAUUUUUUCCAGAUGUUGUAGAUUUUGCAGAAGAAAUGGCAAGUGAAGGCAAGACUGUUAUUGUUGCUGCUCUUGACGGUACCUUCCAAAGACAGGCAUUUGGUAAUGUAUUAAAUCUAGUCCCUUUAGCAGAAAGUGUAGUUAAGCUAAAUGCUGUUUGUAUGAACUGCUUUAAAGACGCAGCCUUCACUAAAAGACUUGGAAGUGAUAAAAAGAUUGAGGUGAUAGGAGGUGCUGAUAAGUACAUGGCUGUCUGCCGAGAUUGCUUCAAACUGGCACACAUACAAGAUAUGUUAAGUAAUAGUAUGGUAGCAGAACAUUAGCACACCUAUUACAUGACGAGACCAUCUUAUAUGCUCAAAGUGUAUUGUAUAUAUGCUCACAUAGUAUAGUAGGAGAACGUUAGAUAACAAGACCAUUUUAUUUGCUGAUAGAAUAAUUUUUUGUUUUGUGUGCUUGCGUGAGUGUAUUUAUGCCAUUCUUGUAUAAAUAGAUUUUAAUUUUAGGCUAUAUAGAAAUAUAAUUUUUAUUUUUUUCUUUACGCUAAACUAAUAAUUAAAAUGUCAAAAAAAAAAGGUGUACCAGUUCCAGAAAAUAUCCAUACCCCACCAUGGAGAGAAUUUGUAAAAGGACCCCCCUACCCCUGGGAACUUGCAAUUUUUUCCAUACAAAUUCUGUAAUGUUGUUCUUUAUCUGACCCCCUCCCCUCGUGGAUAUUUAAUUUCUGGAACUACAAAACAAUAGACCUAUCCCGAAUUUGCUUGACUGGUCACGAAACAACAUGUUUUCAAGUAAAGGUUGAACUUGAUGAAUAAAAGAAUCAAGUUCAAUCUCGACUUCAAACCAUUCGGGAUAGGUCUAUUAUAGCAACUAAUGUAAUAAUAAUAAUAAUAACUUUAUUAUAGCAACUAUGUAAUCUGAAGAUGUCAGCUCAACACUUGAUUCUACAUGUAGUAGCUUCUAUUUUUAUGAGAAAGAUAACUUUUUAAAUUCUUUUUUUUUUUUAAAUCUUAAAUAAUUCUGUAAGCAAGCAUUUAUAUUUGUAUGAUAUACUAAUAAUGGAAUAUUGGCAACUACAGCUUAAAUAAUCAAAUUAUUUAAAAAUUGCAGUGUAUAUAGACCUUAGAAUUGAAAACUUGGUAUUUCAAAGUAACAACCUACAGUGCUUUCUAAUCACAUGCACAAAAUUGUAUAAUUUGUCCAUAACAAAAUAGACUUAUGGUGGACAUUGAUCAAGGCUGGCAUUUUCAUGACCUCCUUACCUACAGGAAUAUACCCUUGAAAAGCUUUGAUUGACAUCCAAAAAGUUUGUCAGGGUAGCAGAGACACCAGGGGAAAACGUUUGCGCAUGCAUGCACUUCAGCAUGUUUUCUAAGACUUUUGAAGAGUUUGAGUGAGAAAAUAAAUGUUUGUUUUCUCCAAGUAUACAAAAAAGUUCGAGAGUAUACUUUUGUCAGACCAAGAUACUGUAUUAACAAACACAAUAUGAAAGAAUUAGUCUUAAGUUUCAAGCAUGGACACUAAGUUUUGGCUUUUUGUGAAGUCCAAUUUAUCAGGCAUGCUUGAAAGUCAAAUAUACUUAUGUUUUGGCUAAUUUGCAAACAUUCAGAGCAUGCACAGAUGUUUUUCACUCAUGUCCAUAGCAGAUUGCAUAAUUCUAAUUCUAGGUAGUAUAAGGGAUUCUUAAAUGACAAGAAUGACGAACAUAUAUUUGUCUAUAAGCUUAAUUUCAUCAUUUCUGAAUUUAGCACUACUGCACUAGAGUGAAGUCACUAAACCUGUAAAAUAGAUAUUAGACUAAUUAGACUCUAAGCCUUUUCAUAGUUUAAGAAUCGAUUCCACUGCGCAUGCGAUUUU